AUGGAUGAUACAUAUGAACAUGUUGUCAAGGAAGAGCUUCAUUUGGAAACUGAGAACAAGGUAAAAGGAACAGAUGAAGAAAAGGUAGAGAAGAUUACAGAAGAGUUGGAUUUGAAGACCAAAUCUGUUGAGAAAGAGAAGCCAAAACAUAAGGAAGUUAAUGAUGACAACUGCAAGGUGGAAGAUGACAAGAAAUCUGAUGUGGAUGGAGAUAAGAAAAAGGAGGUAAAAGAAAAGAAAAAAGGAGACAAAAAGAAGGAGUCUGAUGAGGAUGAAAAGAAUGUGAAAGAGAAGAAGAAAAAGAAAGACAAGAAGGAAAAGAAGAAAGAUGAUGAUGGAGUAUCAGAGGAAGGGGAAAAAGAGACAGAAAAGAAGAAGAAAGACAAGAAGAAGGGAAAGAAGAAAGAUGAUGAUGUAGUAUCAGAUGAAGAGGAAAAAGAAACAGAGAAGAAAAAGAAAGAUAAGGAUGCCAAAUCUGAUGAUAAUGAGCAUGAAGGGGAGAAAAAGAAGAAGAAAGGAAAGAGCGAUGAUGAAGGAAAGAAGAAGAAGAAAGACAAGAAAGAGAAGAAAGAUAAAGAUAAAGAAGUAAAAGAAGAUGAUGAAGGAGACUCAGAAGAAGGGGAUAAAAAGAAGAAAAAAGAGAAGAAGGACAAGAAAGAGAAGAAAAGCAAAGAUGAAGGGGUGGAAGAAGAUGAUGAAAAGAAGAAGAAAGAUAAGAAGAAGCACAAAGAUAAGAAGGGUGAUAAAACAAGCAGCGAUACUGAAGUUGCAUCAAGGGAGAUUGAAAUAAAUGGAAAUGGUGAAGAAGUGAAGGGGGAGAAAAAGGGUAAAGAGAAGAAAGAUAAGGGAGAAAAAUAUAAAAUCAAGGAUCUUAGCAAGCUGAAAUAUAAAUUAGAGAAGUUGAAUACUAAAAUUGAAGCUCUACUAGAGAAAAAAGUAGAAAUAAUGAGGCUCAUAAAGGAAAAGGAGGAAAAUAAUGGAUCAGUUGAUGUAGUUGCAGCGGAAGUGGCAUAA